AUGCCACUAAACUCGAAGGCUGUUUACGCCAAGUCGGAUGCGGCAUAUGUGCCCUUUGCCAGUCGACGAAGCACUGUUCACAGCAAGAAUGGCAUUGUUUCGUGUACUCAACCACUCGCCGCCGCGGCCGGCCAUAAGAUCCUCAGCCAAGGAGGAAAUGCCGCAGAUGCAGCCGUUGCCGUUGCUGCCGGUCUGAACAUGACCGAGCCUGGCUCAACGGGAAUCGGAGGCGACAUGUUCUGCCUUUUCUACGACGCCAAGACGAAAAAGGUACAUGCGCUGAACGGAUCGGGCCGAUACCCUGGUGAAGCAACUCUGGAGAAAGUAUGCGAGAAGUUGAACAUCGCCCCCGGUGCUGCUGGUCGUAUCCCCAUGCUUAGCGCGCUGGCAGCUACCACGCCAGGAGCCGCUGCGGGAUGGGUUGACACCGUUGAGAAAUUUGGCAGUGGCAAGCUGUCUAUGGAGCAGAUCCUGCAACCGGCUAUUGAGAUGGGUGAGAAUGGAUUCCCCGUGUCGGAGCUUUCAUCCAACGGCUGGCAAAAAAGUGAGGAUAACAUUCGUAUUGCAUCUCCUAAUUUCCGUGAAAUGCUCAAGAAGGACCCCUCGGCCAAGGAUGGCGUGCGAGCUCCGCUUCCCGGAGAAAUCAUGAAAAACCCCACUCUCGCAAAGACGUUCCGCACUUUAGCUGCCGAGGGCAAGAAGGGCUUUUAUCAAGGCCGAAUUGCAGAGGAGAUUGUUAAAGUCGUCAAUGAUCUCGGUGGUUUUAUGACCCUCGAGGACCUGGCAUAUCAUGCCGAGGUCGGUACUCAGGAGACGGAAGCCAUCUCUCUUAAGUUCACCGGUCAGGAUAUCGUAUCGAAGCAAAGCCCAGGCACCGAUGGAGAGCCUAACCAGGGUGUGGAGGUCUGGGAGCACCCUCCAAAUGGCCAGGGUAUCGUCGCUUUGAUGGCCCUUGGAAUUAUGGAAGAAUUGGAGCGCACGGGCAAAAUCCCUCGUUUCAGCGAAGCUCAGCACAACUCUGCCGAGUACCUCCAUGCAGUGAUUGAGAGUCUACGAAUUGCCUUUGCCGAUGCGGCCUGGUGGGUGACUGACCCGGAUACCGAGAAGGUCCCCUCGAAGGGUCUGCUAGAACGUGAAUACCUCGCCGAGCGAGCCAAGCUGUUCUCCCCUGACCGCGCUGCGGAUAUCUUGGAUCACGGCAGUCCCGCCCACAACCACUGCGACACAGUCUUCUUUGCCGUGACUGACAGCGAGGGUAAUGGCAUCUCCUUCAUUAACAGUAACUACGAGGGCUUUGGUACGCAUAUCAUCCCUGCUGGCUGUGGUUUCACCCUGCAGAACCGCGGUGCCAAUUUCUCCCUGGAAGCUGGACAUCCCAAUGCAUUGGCCCCUCGCAAGCGUCCAUACCACACCAUCAUCCCGGCUUUAAUCACAAAUGUGGCCGACGGAUCCUUGCAUUCCGUAUACGGUGUCAUGGGCGGCUUUAUGCAGCCCCAAGGCCACGUGCAAGUGCUGUUGAAUAUGCUUGCUUUCGGAUAUCACCCUCAGGCUGCCCUUGAUUCCCCGCGAAUCUGUAUUGCUGCGCCGACAUCGGAAAGUACCGAUCGCACCAUCUUUGUUGAAGAGGGAAUUAGCGGUGAGGCGAUUGAAGGAUUGCGUCGCCUGGGUCAUAAGAUUGAGGUAUUGACGGAAUGGAAGAGGGCUAUGUUUGGUCGUGGCCAGAUUAUUCGUCUACACUACGAUGAGGGAUCACUUGUAUACAGUGCGGGCAGUGACCCCAGAGGUGAUGGCAUGGCAUUCCCUCUACUGUAA